AUGACGCUGAACAUUGUCCAGGAGACCCACGAACAAAAUGAAAACCACGUGCAAAGUGAAGAAGGCAAAAAGGAAAAAAUAGCCACUUAUGGCUAUCCCUCCACGGAGAGGAGGAGGAGUGACCGACUGUUGCGUCUCAGCGUAGACAAAGCCAAAUUGAUAGAGCGAAAUGGCUAUUCGGGUCCAUCGGACGGCACGAAUGGGGGGGCGCGCAAUGUGAGCUUAAAGACAAUCGUGAAAGUUAAGCUUAAGGAAAGGGCGCCAAGUAGGGAUAGAGACAAACUGCAAAAGGGGGAGAAAAGGGACGCCCAGGAGGGGAGCAAAGAAUGCUCUUCCGGGGGGGGGAGCAGCGGCAAGACGGCAAACGGGGUGAAGCAGAACAAACUGGUCAAAAAGGUCACGCUGAGCGGAAAGAAAGGGAAGACCGCGUUAAGCGGAAACAAAGGGAAGACCACGCUAAGUGACAACCAGGGGAAGACCACGCUAAGUGACAACCAGGGGAAGGACCCAAAAGCGAAUAAGAAGAAAACCGAAAAGGGCGUGACCGUCGUGGUGGAUACGAAAAAAAGCGCACCGUUAAACAAGGGUAGCGCGAAUACGAAGGGAACAACCGUAAAAGAAAUGGCCAGCAAACCGCACAGCACAGUGAUCGUGAAGAAGAAAAAGCACCAGGAGGGGAUGAACAGGGCGCCCCUCUCGGCCAACAAGAAGGAGGAGGCGCAGGAGAGCAAAGAUAACCCCCUCAUGGGGUGCAAAAUGAGAAAGGGGAGUAAUCUUCAGGGGAAGGAAAAGGAGAAAAUGCAGACGGGGCAGGUAGAGAAGAAGCCAGCAGAGAAGGGGAAAGUAGAGGACCCCCCGCCCGUGAAGGACACCCCCCCGGGGGAGAAGAUAAAAAGCGGAGCCGACUCCGACUGCAAAGAGGAAAUCUUUCUGCAGAAAAGACUGAAGAUGAGGAAGGCAGCCUGCCCGAAUGGGGCGAACGGCGCGAGCGAAAGGAGUCAGCCAAAUGAGAGUUCCAAAAAAAAAAAAAAAAAAAUGAUGAUCAUUAAGAAUAAGCAAAUAAGGAAGUCGAUAAACGAGUUUAUGAAAAAUACCUCUCGCAAUAGCAGCAGCUUUGCGCCAAACAGUAAGUACAAUAUAUAUAGCUACGGGAGGGGCAAAAAUACGUUUUACUCCCUGGAGAGGAUUAACAACAGCAGCGGUGACAAGCCAACGGGUGACAAGCCAAACGGAGGGGAAAACAAACGAAAGCUAAACAGAAUACCAGAAAUCAUAAACAUAAAAAAGCAAAAGUUUGUGAUAGGAUCCUCCAACAGGAAGUGCGACCUCGUGCUGAGGGGAAACAUCGAAGGAGAGCAGUGCGAAUUGGUGUGCAAAUGUGUGGAGAAAAAUAUCAACCAUUGUAGUGACAGAAAUAGACAAAUUAAUAAAUACAAUUUAUUUAUUAUUAACAAGUCGAGGAGCAAUUCGACCCUCCUGAACAACUCGGUGGUGGACAUUGACCAAGUGAAAGAUGAAGAUAGCCUUUUCCUGGGCAUCGAAAAUAUGGAGAAAAGCACAAGCGCAAAAUAUAUAUACAAAAUUAAGUACAACAAAAUGGCCAACAUUUUUAACAUAAACAAUUUGUGCUCGUACAGUAAAGACAAUUGCAUACAUAAGACAUUAAUUACCAACGCGGAAGAUGGAAAGGCUAGCAAAAUUGUAUCAACGAAUUUUUCACUAAACAAUCAAAAUGAGGAACAAGAAUCGAAUAUAUCCAUUUUGAUAUUUUUAAUUAUUAAGAGGAGUUCCAUACCAAACGAACCUGUGCACUACAUGAACAGUUUGAACUCUUUUGCAAACCUUAACAGCACGCCCAGGAAACUUCCUGUGGAGGAUAAGGCCAUGGUGGGCAAAGCAUCCACGUCGGUUAAUAAAAUGAUUAAGGAGGAUUCGCCAAAUACCCAAUUUAAUGAAAGCAUUAAAAAGAUUAACAAAAUUUGCCAAAGCAGGAUUUCCCCUUUGUGCGUAAAGGACUCCAUUAAGAAGGAAGAAAAAGUAAAGGGCACGUUUAAAAGCGCCAACCACACGAAGGAACUCCCAGUGACGCUGCUCAACGCGUGUGUUGAGUUGUGCAAGGAGAUAAACAAAAGUGUGACGAAAGAACAUGCCGGGGAAGGCAACCACGACGUUCCCGCGGGCACGCCCGUUAUGAAGUAUCCAUCGUUGACCCCUACAAAGGGGAUGACACUUCCAAACGGGGUGACGCCUCCAAAGGGGAUGACGCCUCCAAAGGGGAUGACGCCUCCAAAGGGGAUGACACCUCCAAAGGGGAUGACGCCUCCAAAGGGGAUGACGCCUCCAAAGGGGAUGACACCUCCAAAGGGGAUGACGCCUCCAAAGGGGAUGACACCUCCAAAGGGGAUGACACUUCCAAACGGGGUGACACCUCCGAAAGUGAGUUCCUUCCAUCCCCUUCAAAGUGAGCAGAAGAGAGGACCACACACGAGCAACUUGUACAACAUUUUUCACGCCAGUUUUGCCACUCCUAGGCAUGGGAGAAGCUCCACGGGUGAGACCAUCAGCGGCACCACAGACCGGGUCACCGCCGCUAACAACGUGGCGGCAGUGGAGAGGGAACGAGUUAGCACCUCUGGAGAUCGCGUCAACGGACUGCAGUGCCAGGGACCCCCAAUUAGCAGGGCGUCCAAAAGUAUAAACCAGCCCAACAUCAGUGAAGAGGCCCAUUUGCACGGCAACUCACAACAUAACACUUCGGAUAAGAGCAAAUCUAAUUUGCACAAAUUGGGAGAGGAGAUUUUCCCGCAAGGUAAUACAAGCAGAGAAGGACCCUCUGAGGAGGGCAAAAAUGGCGAAACGGAUUAUGCUACCCAAAACGGCAACGUGGAUGGCCGUGUCUUUUGCCCACCACCCAUCGACCAACACGCGCGGGUCUACUGCGAGGAUGUAGACGCGAGGCAGGCCGAACAAAUUGGGGAAGAAAUCCACGAAGAAGAAUUGAAUAUCUCAGCGGAUGACAGCUUAUUGGUAAACCCGGGAAAAGGAGCCCACUUGGUGGACAACAACCAGAUGACCUUCUAUGACUGCAAAGAUGAAAAGGCAGCGAAGGAAGCAGCCCCUCUACUUGAGAAGCCGAAUGGGGGUACCAACAUGGUGAUCAAAACAUCCGAAUCGAGUGAGUUCAUAAAAAAAACGGAAAAGGAAUUGUACUCCGUUUUAUAUUCCAAAAGUAGUGAAAAUACAACAAAUGGUGCAAAUACAGAUUUUGUUCUAUGCCUGAAAAAUGAACAGGGAGAAGAGAGGUAUCUCAAAGUGAUUGGAGAAAUUAAGGUGAAGAGAAAUGCCAUUUUGUCAGACAUAAAACAUAACAUAGAUUUAAAACUGCUGGACAAAUCCAUUGAGCUUACAACUCUUAAUAAGAUAAACUAUUUAAAAUGUGAGUCUCUUUCUAAAGGGAAAUAUUCGAUUCGUUUAAAUGCCUUUUCCGAUAAACUGGAUGAAACAAAGUUUGGUGAAUUUUCAGCUCUGCACCUGGACUAUAUUGACAACACAAAUUUUUCCCAUUUGGACACACUGGAGCCGCUUGAGUUGAAGAAAAUGUUAUUUAUAAAGUACGACGAGUAG